UCUUCUUUAGCUAGAUCUUGAAUUUUUUUAUUCUUCCAUGAUCAGUUUCUGAACAGCAGUAACUCCAAAAUUCAAAAUUAAAAGAAGAAUUCAUUCCUCGAAUUAGGGUUUCAAGAAUUGCAAUCGAAUCCUGAACAAACACGUAAAAAUCAAAAUGGCAAAAGCGAGAUAUUCGCGGUUACCGGGGAGAAAAUCAUCAUCAUCGUCAACGAUGAUACUGACAAUGCUCUUAACCUUCACAUUCGUGAUAUUAAUUCUGUUAGCUCUCGGAAUUCUUUCGAUUCCCGGAACCAAUUCUUCUUCACGUAAAGCUAACGAUCUUAGCUCUAUUGUUCAUACUUCACACCUCAGUUCUGAUGGAGACUAUGAUGAUGAUGGUGGCAAAGGAGAGAGAUGGGCUGAAGUCAUCUCUUGGGAGCCUAGAGCUUUUGUUUAUCAUAAUUUCUUGACCAAAGAGGAAUGCGAGUACCUGAUAAAUCUUGCCAAGCCUAAUAUGCAAAAGUCUACUGUUGUUGAUAAUGAAACUGGAAAAAGUAAAGACAGCAGAGUGCGAACAAGCUCUGGCACUUUCCUUCAAAGAGGUCGUGACAAAAAGAUCAGGGAAAUUGAGCAAAGGAUUGCUGAUUUCGCCUUCAUACCUGUAGAGCAUGGGGAAGGACUUCAGGUUCUUCAUUACGAAAUUGGGCAAAAAUAUGAGCCUCAUUUUGACUACUUCAGUGAUGAGUUCAAUACGAGGAAUGGGGGUCAACGCAUAGCUACUGUUCUUAUGUAUCUCUCAGAUGUUGAAGAAGGGGGUGAGACUGUCUUUCCUGCUGCCAAAGGGAAUUUUAGUGCAGUUCCAUGGUGGAACGAGUUGUCUGAAUGUGGAAAAAAGGGACUUUCUGUUAAACCAAAAAUGGGUGAUGCGUUGCUUUUCUGGAGCAUGAAUCCUGAUGCCUCUCUCGACCCUUCAAGUUUGCACGGUGGUUGUGCUGUGAUUAAAGGGAACAAGUGGUCGGCUACCAAGUGGAUGCGUGUGAAUGAGUACAAAAUCUGAGUUAUGGUCGUAAAGUUAAUUGUAUGAUUAAGCAUCUCAAUUGUAAGCUGCCGCUCCUAAAAGAAAAGGCUAUAAAGCAAAUGUGAGUUCAAAAUCAAUGUGUAAUCUUCUUGUAAACAGCUACACACAUUCCUAGGAAUAAUUUUGACAUUCCACAAUAGCAACUUUGGAGCCUUUUCAUUGAAGUUGAGAUCAAAUUAGUUUCUAUUUAUGGUUACAGCAGAGAUAGAAUAUGAGAACUUGAGUUGCUGCUGAUACAUAUACAUCAUUUGUGAAUGAUUUUGUAACUCGCUCGAUAUUUGUUUUCUUCCCCUAAUAAGUUUCUUUCACCCAGAAAUAAUGUUUCUAGUUACUUGUA